AUGACCUUUUUGGGAUCACGUGGUAUCAACAUCAGUGGAGGACAGAUGGCCCGCAUUUGCUUGGCGCGCGCCGCGUAUUCAAGAGCGGAGGUUCAGCUUCUGGACGAUCCUUUGGCCAAGUUGGACACAAGGGUGAGUUCGAAAGUGUUCUCUGAGGCCAUCCUCGGCUUCCUAGCUGGGUACACUCGAGUCAUGGUGACCAACAGCGGCAACAUCGUCAAGCAAGCGGACGCAGUGGUCAGGGUAGACGGUGGUACGGCAUUCCUCGAGAAACAUGCAGAACUUCAAUCAGCAGGUUUGCUGUCUGACCGUGAGGCGGAUGCAGAACAGAGGUCCAGCGCUGUGGCAGCCACGAAAAAUGUUCCAUGUACAGGAGACGAGUUCGAAGCUGGAGAUAUACCGGCCACAGAAUUGUUUGCUCUGGACGGGUCCACUGACCAAGUGUCCAUCAAGCGUCGGCACUCGCAGGUCGUAAGAUUCAUAAGCCAUGUUGCUGAAGGUGUUGGGUCGCCUCGUCGUCUGGCGACGUACUGUGCCAUCGCUGGGGUCGAGUGCGCUGUGAUUGAACUCGGAGUGUAUUUCCUAGCGCUGUGGUGCGACGACCCUGCCCAGCUGAAGCACUCUGAUGCCUGGUAUGUCUGGAUGUAUGCUGGCUGCAUUGCUCUCGAAAUAGUAAUUGCCCAAGUGAAGUACUUUGCGCUUUCAUCGUUCACACAGUCGUCGCACGACGCGCUCCACGAUACAAUGCUGACACAUACGAUUGGGUCUUCCUUCUUGUGGAUACAGGGCAUACCUGUUGGGCAAAUGCUUCAGAUGUUCUCAUCCGUGCUGUCGAGGAUCGAUGAUCGCGUCUAUCACACCACGGAGUUGUUGGCGAUCAAUUUAUCAUUCCUCAUCGCCGUCAAUGGGAUUAGCUGUGUGAUCUUCCCUCCCUGGACUCUCGUUCUCUUGUUGCUGGCAAGUUCCAUUGCUCUGGUAGUGCGCCACCAUGCCGCCGCAGGAGAGGCGGCCCAUGAUGCCCCGCUCAGACGGGCUUGCUUGAAUCACUACACUGAUACUCUUGUUGGGCUAGUGGUAGUUCGGGCGUUCUCCGGCACAAAGGAAAGAUUCACAUCUCGUUUCGACGACUUCAUGAGCCAGUGCGUAGCCGCGAAGGCGGCAAACGGCGAGUCCGAAGCAGCACUCCUGAUGCGACUCAGCCUCAUCGGAGCCAGCGGCUUCGCCUGCGCCGGGGCGGCGGUGGUCGCUGCCCGCCAGCUGGGCUGGAUGACGCCGGGCAUGGCAGGCUUCAUGCUGGCCAACUGCUGCUUCCUGACCUUCAUCAUCACCGAGCUCGUGUUCAACGCGCUGGCGGUGCUGGAGAUGGCGAGGGAGCGGGAGGCCGUCCUGCGGCUCGUCUGCAGUGCGCCUCAGGAGGCCGGCCCGAGCAGGGGCGCCGGGCCGGCGCCUGGCUGGCCCGCCGCGGGGCGGCUCGCCACGGAGGCGCUGGACGUGCGCUACGGCGCGCGCCUGGAGCCCGCCAUCCGCCAGCUCAGCAUCGGCGUCGAGGGCGGCGAGCACCUCGGCAUCGUCGGCCGCACCGGCAGCGGGAAGUCGUCGCUGAUCCUCGCCAUCUGCCGCCUGGUGGAGCCAGCUGCGGGGCGGGUGCUCAUCGACGGCGUGGACCUGGCACUCCUGCGGCUUCAGGAGUUGCGCGAGCACCUGGGAGUCAUGAGCCAGGACCCUCUCUUCUUCAGCGGGACGCUGCGCGGAAAUUUGGACCCUUUCGGCGAGCAUCCAGACACCGCCAUCUGGUCGGCCCUUCAAGACGUGGGUGUAGCCCAGCUGUUCGACGACGCGGGUUUAAGCACUACUGUGGCAGAGUUGGGGGCAAAUUUCUCCGCAGGACAGCGGCAACUGCUGUGUUUGGCACGCGCGUCUCUGCGUGAGCCGCGGUUGGUGUUGGUCGAUGAGGUGACUGCGGCGCUCGACAUAGAUCGGGCGGACCUGCGCGUCCAGAGGGUUCUGGAACUUCGUUUCACGCGGCGCGGUACAACGCUGCUGCAGGUGGCCCACCGGCUGGCGUCGGUGGCCCUCUGCGGCAGGAUCGCGGUCCUUGACCGCGGGCAGUUGGUGGAGUUGGGGCCUCCGAGCGAGCUGCUCGCGAAUGCGGAAGGGGUCUUUAGCAGCAUGGUCGCGUGCCUGACCAUGGAAGAGCAGGCGGCAUUCCGUCGCUCAGCCAAUUCCAAGGUGGUCGACGGUGGGCAAGAUGCGUUCGACAAGGCAGCAUCGGACGGUGCGCAUGACGCUAUCGUUACCCAUUCGAACAUCGACACAUGCUUGAGGGACGGCGCAUGUAUUUCCCCCGUGUGCAAAUGA